AUAUAUCUUCUUAAUCAAAUUACACACCAGGGAGUUAGUUGCUUGUGCCUUUCUUUUUAUUUACAAUUGCAAAACUUAUAUAGUGUAUUGUGUUUAUGUUUAGGAAUAUGCACGUAGCAGUGAUAGGGGCAGGGGCAGCUGGGCUCUGCGCAGCAAGAUACCUAUCUGCAGACAACAGUGGUUUUACAUGUGUUGUCUUUGAGCAGACAAACUCAGUUGGUGGUACAUGGGUUUAUACAGAGAAUACAGGAAAAGAUGAGUACGGGUUACCUAUCUGUUCUUCUAUGUAUAAAAAACCUCCGAACCAAUUUGGGAAAAGAAAAUAUGGAAUUCCCUGGGUUUCCUUUCGUGAAUUCCAAGUCGUUUGUAACAGCUGCUGAAGUUCGGCAGUAUCUUGAAGACUUUGCCAACAAUUAUAAUUUGAAGAAAAAUAUCAAGUUCCUCCAUCAUGUCACUCACGUACUUCCUAAAGAUGAUAAGUGGCAGAUAACUUCAAUAAAUCUUCCUGAAAACAAGGAAAGUACAGAAGAAUUUGAUGCUGUCAUUAUAUGCAAUGGUCACCACAAUGAACCUUACAUGGGAAAUUUCCCAGGUGUAGCCGACUUUAAAGGUGAAGUUAUGCACAGUCAUUCGUACAGAACUCCAGAAAAAUUCUCGAACAAAACUGUGUUAAUAUGUGGGGCGGGACCGUCCGGCAUAGAUAUCACCUAUGACUUGGCCAACUGCGCCUCAAAGGUUUACUUCAGUCACAGGAUCCCUCAAGUGAAACGGAAUGAAUUUCCAAAAAAUGUGGAGCAAGUACCAGUAGUUAAAGCCGUUAAAGAGGAUCAUGUGAUCUUUGAGGAUGGAACAAAGUCUGGAUAUAUUGAUGUCAUCCUAAUGUGUACAGGAUACAAGUAUGCAUUACCGUUUCUGGCACCGGAAUGUGGAAUUAAAAUUGCAGAGGGAAAGGUUAUUCAGCCUUUGUACAAGCACAUUGUAAAUAUAAAUUAUCCUACAAUGGGUUUCAUUGGAAUCCCCUUCAGAGCAUUGGUGCUUCCUUUGUUUGAUUACCAGGUCCGGUAUUAUUUGAAAACACUGACCGGAGAAGUGGAACUGCCAACACAGGAAGACAUGUUUGCGGAGUUGGAACAAGAAAUGGUUACCAAGCAAAAAAAAGGAAUUCCUCUCAGGAAAUACCACGAAAUGAAGAUUGGAAUGAGAUCUUACAUGGAAGGAUUGGCCAACAUUGCCAAAUUUGAACAGUUUCCACCAGUUGUGUACAAAAUCUAUGAUGUAACUGCUGGUUUUCGAGAAACCAACUUGAAAAACUAUAGAGAUGCCAUAUUUCACAUAGUGGAUGACAAUAAUUUUCGAGUAACUGGACUGGAUGUAAAUGAGCAAAAAGAAAUUAAUGAUGUAGAAUAAUUAACAGUGAGGCAACUAGAAUCUGUACAGGGGUGAUACAAGGUGUGGCUCUAAAUUAACCAGAUUUCCAUGUCGCAGUGGGUGACCAAAUACAAUAAGGGUGAGAAUGGGAUGAUUCUGUUUUCCUUAUGUUUUAAUUGAGUUUUUUAUUCCCAGUUCAAUCAGCCUGUUAUUAGUGCUGGUUUAACACAUUGAUAGCGGUGGAUGCAUAUCCACCUCUCCUAAAGUUGGUACAUUACUUGUGUGGCAGUGGAGGUAUUAAAGUAUUUGAUGGUUUAAAAGUUAUCUUGAAAAAAAUUGACGAUGACCUAUGUUAUUACAGAGACAUUCCUAAAACCUUGCUGAGGUAGUAUUAUUUCCUGGGGACUCUUGAGGUAU